AAGAAUUACUGAGUGUGACCAUGCUGUGACCGUCAUAAUGCAUACAUGUGUAUGCAAGUGUUUUUGAUUUAAAGUCAUACAAAAAGGUCUAUUAUCCUUGAAAUGAAUUGCAUAAAAACAAGAAAUUUGCAUACAUACCAGCAAGAUGUUCUGCUCUGGGGUUUUAUUAAAAUAAAGACAGUUAUGCGCCAUGCCCAUUAUCAUUUUGUAGUCUGUGCAUGUUUGUCCAUAAAAACAUCGAUCUAAAAAAUGCUGACAAGUCUUAUCUUAAUUAUUGAUCCCCUGUUUAGACAGAACAGGAAUAUGUGUUGAUGAGGUCAUACCUGUAGCUUCUUCUGUAAAUUUGGUUGUAAAACUUAAAAAACAAAAAAGUAAACAGCUUCUGACCAGUUGAUGUACGUGAGACAGAAUGUUGGUAUCGAUGGCAUACAUGGUUGCCUGUAGCAAGCAAGUUUUGAAAGUCACUUGACAAUCUAUGAAACCGCGCCCAAUUGUUGGCAAAUAUUAACUGAACCAGGAAAACCCCUUAUUACUCCGACUGGAUGUGGAAGUGGGUUCUGGAAGUGGGUUCUCGGCCCAACUCCAGUGAAUGGAUGAAUCAUCAAUUUCCUGCUUACAGGCUUCCACUAGAACUACCAUGUCUGCAAAACCCAGUCAGGAACUUUGAAGUUAUAGCACCUGCAAAUGUACAGUAUACAUGUGUGUGUACUACAGCUAGGCCCCGUGAUUUUGUUGGGUACUCUGAGAUAUUAAAGCCUAAGUGCUGCUGUUCUUCACUGAUGUGAGAAUCUGAGGCAAAGUUGAUUGGAGUCUUAAAACUCUUUACACUUGGAGGAAAAGCCUGAGUACAUGAGGCAUCAACAGUGCAGAGCUACAAAAAAAGUAAUUUUUCACGAGUUUACACACAAAUUAUUUCUUCACUUGGACUCCUAAAAUGGCUGACAUUGAUGAGAAUGACUUAGUCCGCCAGGCUGACGUUUCUGUUUACAACAAGAAACUGGCAAGUGUGCGCAAGAGGUCUUCAAAAUCUCGCUUGUCGAUUUGUCAUCAUCGCCGAGGAAGUUCAAAGAAAUACUUGAAGUCACGGAUAUGUCAAGAAUGCCACGCAAAGCACAACCCAUCAUGGAUCCGAAACAACAUCCGCAUGAGGGAAUGUAUCCGGUUCACUCCGGCUCCUGUCGAUCCGGAAAGGCCGGACCCAUUUCCAGAUGAUCCCAAAUGCCAGUGUGGUAAUCGCAAGUCAGACCACGAUGACCGUUUCUGCCAUAACCCUGACACUAAGGCAAAGUGGAAGGUGGAGACCCACACCCACACCUGUACCACCAACGCCUUCGGGGAGAUUGAGUUCAUUGGAGCUGCUGGGGCUGGGCUGGGGCUCAAGCUCAGAAAGUAUGUACGAGUGGACCACAACAUCCACCCAAAUCGCCUGAUGCAACUUCUGAACACUCAGUGGAAUCUAGGCACUCCUAAGCUCCUCAUCUCAGUCACGGGAGGGGCCAGAAACUUCCACAUGAACACCAAACUCAAGAAUGUCUUCCGAAAGGGCUUGAUCAAGGCUGCUCUGAGCACUGGUGCCUGGAUCAUCACCGGUGGUACCCACGCCGGCGUCAUGAAAUACGUCGGUGAUGCCAUCAAGGAUUAUUCCCUAGCCAGUGGCAUCACAGGACGAUCCAACGUGGUUGCCAUUGGCUUUGCCUCGUGGGGUGUUUUAGACCAAAGAGAGAAGCUUACAGCUGAAGAGGGUCGAUUUCCAGCUUACUACCGCAUGGACGCCAAGAAGCCAAAAGGGGUGCUCCUAGACCCAAACCACACCCACUUCAUCCUGGCAGAUGAUGGGACCGUGGGUGAGUUUGGAGUGGAGAUCAAACUCCGUGGCAAGAUGGAGAAGGAAAUCUCGGAGCAGAAGGUGUAUGGAAACACAAAUGUAUCUGUGCCAGUGGUGUGCGUUGUGGUAGAGGGAGGUCCCAACACCAUAGCCACUGUCUAUGAAGCUGUCAUGAACGGCACGCCGGCUGUCAUCAUCGCUGGAUCGGGAAGAGCUGCAGACAUUCUGGCGUUUGCUUUCCAGAGGGCGCCAGAGAUAGAAAGGACUGUUAAGGACAGUGCAGGAAACUACAGGAAAGAGAAAAAGACCAUGAUCAGUGAUUCAUUGAUGGUGCGGCUGGCCGACAUGCUGUGUAAGGAGUUUGGUGAGAAGGAGUUGGACAUUCAACUGAAUCGCAUCAAGGAGAUGCUGAUGAGAAGACAUCUCGUCGCUGUCUAUGAGCUGGGAAGCGGGGAUAUUGACAGUGUCAUCCUACAUGCUCUCCUCACAGCCAACAAAGGCAGCGCCCAAGACCAGUUGCAGCUAGCUCAGAUGUGGAACAGAGUGGACGUGGCCAAGCGAGAAAUCUUCACUGAGGACUGGGAAUGGAAGAAAGGCGAUUUAGACGACGCCCUUCACUAUGCCCUGGUCAACAAUCAGACAGACUUUGUCAAACUCUUCAUGGAGAACGGAGUCAGCUUGAAAGAUUACCUGACGAUCAGAGAACUCACCCUCCUCUAUAAUGAGGUUAAGAAGAAUACUUUGUUGUAUGAACUGCUCGACAAACAAAGGGGCAAGUCUUCGAGGAAGUUCACCCUGAUCGACGUGGGUAAAGUGCUUCAGGAACUGACCACGGACACCUACAAGCCCUUGUAUCUCAGUCAAAAGGACAAGUUCAUGCUGUCAGAGAGUGAAAUCAACAAGGGAAGGGAGCGACCUGUGACGGAGGUGGGAGAGGUAGGCAGCCGGCUCUCAAUGGCAGAGGGCAUCAGGAACAUAUCCAAUGCAAUGGCUCGACCGGACUCACCAGAGAAGAACCGUGAUUUCCGCAGUCCUGUGAGGGAGCUCUUCCUGUUCGCCGUCUUGCAGAAUCGGGCCGAGAUGGCACGCAUGUUCUGGGAAGAAGGCAAGGAGGCCAUACCUAGCGCCCUGACUGCAAGCAAGAUAUUGACAUCAUUGGCAGCCAAGGAACCUGACCCUGACCAUAGUGUCGUCAUGGAGUUACAUGCUGCGAGUUACGAAGAAUUGGCCUUGGGUGUUCUGAACGAAUGCUACAACGACGACCAAGACCGCACCUCCCUCCUGCUGGUCAGGGAGCAAGAGAAUUGGGGCAAGACCACUAGCCUGAGUCUAGCCAAACAGGGCGACAAUAAGAACUUCAUCGCUCACACAGGAGUCCAGAAUCUACUGACGGAGAUCUGGAAUGGCAAGCUGUCGGAUGAGAACAAUUACUGGCUGCUGUGGGUGUGUACCUUCCUACCUCCCCUGAUUCCUUGCAUCGUCAAGUUCCGGGAAGAUGAGAAAAGGGAGGAAGAGGACGUCAUCUUGAAACAGAGGAAGAGCAUCAAGAAACAGUCAAAAACUCAUGAGGUAGCUGGUGGACAGAACGGUGGACAGAACGGUGGACAGAACGGCACCUACAAUGAAGUCUUGGAGUUGUCUGCGCUACAAAAUGUUGAGGAAAAUGAAGCCCCGUACGCCAACAACGUAGAUGACGGUGAUCAAGCAGAGAAUGAAGAUCCAGAUAAGUAUCAUGAGACAGCGGACAUUGACAUCACCAGCAGCGGCAAGAAACUGGCCUGGUGGCAACGCUUCUCUCUCUUCUACAACGCACCGAUCAUCACCUUCAGACACAACUUGUUGUCUUACUUGGUGUUCUUGCUGUUGUUCAGCUACAUCAUCCUGGCUAAUUUCACGCCUACCAUCUCUAUCUUUGAGAUGGUCCUCAUCGGCUGGGUGGGCUCACUCUACCUGGAGGAGUUACGACAGAUUGCUCAAGGGGAGUCCAACAGCUGGCGAGUGCGCUUCUGGUUCUGGAUCUCAGAUUACUGGAACAUGGUAGACAUUGCCACCUUGGUGCUCUUUGCUGUCGGGGUAGCUCUGCGAUUCUUUGAUCAUCUCUUUGACUACGCUCGCAUCAUCCUAGCGUUGGACUUGGCCAUCUUCUACAUCCGCAUCCUGCAGAUAUUCUCCGUCAGUAAGAACCUGGGACCAAAGCUGAUCAUGAUUGCCAAGAUGAUGGUUGACCUGGCCUUCUUCGUUGCCAUCCUGUGCGUGUUUCUCAUCGCCUACGGUGUAGCCUCCCAAGCGAUACUCUACCCCAACGGCACAAGCUUCCGAGAGGUCAUUACCGGGGUCUUCUUCAAGGCUUACUUCCAGAUGUAUGGAGAGUUGUUCCUGGAAGACAUCGAAGGCAACAACGGCUGUUCUGAUGACCCCGCACUGAUUGAGGCUGGGGCCCCACGAUGCCCUCAGUAUUCCACUAUUGGUGUCAUCCUACUGGCCAUAUAUAUGAUGCUGAGUAAUGUACUACUCCUGAACCUACUCAUUGCUAUGUUCAGCUACACCUUCUCAGCAGUACAAGAGAACACCGACGUCUUCUGGCGUUUCCAGCGUUACGACCUGAUCAAGGAGUACUUCAAUCGUCCAGCCCUUGUGCCACCGUUUAUCAUCAUCGCUCACGUCUUCUUUCUGAUCCGCUUCCUGAUCCAAAAGUUCUGUGGAUGCUGCCUCAGAUUCCGUACAGGGGAACUAACAAACGACCACAAUUAUCGGCCGUCUUACCGGAGGGUGGCUAGUAUUUUGGAUGAUAUGAGAAAGGGCACUCGGGGAGCAUUCGUUGGUAGACGGCACUUCAUAGUACAGAAGCAACGUCUCUCGAAGUCUCAAGCCAAGCAGUUAGUUCUAUGGGAAGCCAUCCAGAAUGAUGAGUACAUUGCUAAGGAGAAGAUCCGUCUGCAGAGUGACAUCAGUGAACAGGUCCGAACCACUGGGGAGAGAGUUGAGGACCUCCUUGGUAAGAUGGAGGAACUCUUUGCUGAUCCAGAGACCGGAGUUCCUUCCAAAGCUCUUGGCCUUCUCGGCGAAAAGGCUCUGGAGGAUAGACUCAACAGACUGGAAGAUCAGAUGGAGAGGACCAAUCAGGCAAUAGACUGGAUCAUUACAGCCCUUGACGACAAUCAGCUUGGGUCCAAGGAGGGGCUGCCCUCCCUGAAAGAAGUCAAGCCGAGAGAAGAGAGUGACAUCUAUGAGUUUGGCGAGGACCCUAAAGUCCCUACCACCCUGGAGGAGCUAGGCAUAGCCUUACACCUGAAGGCUCGGUCCAGUCCUUACCCUGGCACUGCCAUCAAACGGUUCCCAGUACCUGAUGAGAAAGUACCAUGGGAGAAAAGUUUCCGCAGCUACAAGCCCGUCACCUACACCCACCCUAGCAUCCUAGCCAUGCCCCACUUUGCAGACGUGGACUUGCUCAACUUCCCUAAGCAAGAGAGACCCAUGCUGAAUUUCAACAUGUUGGACAAGUCUGUCAACUAUGACCGUCUGAGCUUCCUGGGCCACUACAUUGUUGUGGAUGGCAUCCCACAAAACCCCAGGGGUCGUACUGGCAUGAUAGGUCGUGGGUUACUGGGACGGUUUGGACCCAAUCACGCCGCAGAUCCAAUCGUUACCAGAUGGAAGAAGAACCCAGACGGCUCACAGAUGGAAGAUGGCGGCUUGAAGGUUUUGGAAUUUGUUGCCAUACAGAGGAAAGACAACCAGCAAUGGGCCAUCCCUGGGGGUAUGGUUGAGCCAGGGGGCGUGGUCAGUGAGACACUCAAGAGGGAGUUUGGUGAGGAAGCCAUGGGAUCGAUGGACAAGUCACCAGAGGAGACAGCUGCAAUCCAGAAGAAGAUUGAAGAACUCUUUCAUAAUGGUGUGGAGGUUUACAAGGGUUAUGUGGAUGAUCCAAGGAAUACAGACGAUGCCUGGAUGGAGACGGUGGCUAUGAACUUCCAUGAUGAGGAGGGAACAUCAGUGGGUCUACUGGAACUACAGGCAGGUGAUGAUGCGCAGGGCGUGCGAUGGCAGAGAGUCAGCUCCAAGAUUCCUCUCUUUGCUAGUCACCAAGCCAUGCUCAGGAAGGUAGCUGAGCUGCACAAUGCUGCCUUCUAGACUUGAGUCACAGGAUACAGCCUUCUGGAGCUAGGUAUCAAAGACAAUGACAGGGGCGUCGCGUCUACGACAGUAGAAGUCAGCUCCAAGAUUCCUCUCUUUGCUAGUCACCAAGCCAUGCUCAGGAAGGUAGCUGAGCUGCACAAUGCUGCCUUCUAGACUUGAGUCACAGGAUACAGCCUUCUGGAGCUAGGUAUCAAAGACAAUAUGGUGCCCAGCAAAGCGUAGGACAAAAGCUGAGCUUCACAUAAACUGCUGUCUAGCACCUAAUUCCCAUUUAAUCAGUCUUUUACAGUAAAACGUAUCCUGUAAGACUUCACAGGGUGGAUUGUUCCAGAAUGAAUUAUGCAAAACCGACAAUUCUUAACGUUUCCUGCCAUGUUUUUAACCUGUGGUAAUUUUUGUCUGACAUGAUUUUGUAAACUGACAAUGUUAUCAUUAUAUAUUCUAAUUUCCAUGAAAAUUUCAAUGGACGCAAUUAUUAGCUAAAUUUAAACUCAAAGAGUGGAUCAGUACUAGAACAAAUACAAUUGUAUCGUUAUAACAUGAUUUCAAAGAUAUUAUUAUAAAACAAAAUUGCUUCCGAAAGCCAAAUUUCAUUUAUUUGUUUCAAAUUGAAGUUUAAAAAGACUGUUGACAUUUGAUUGCAGUGACUUUGUAAUUUGUUUUAUUUUGAAAAGAAAAGGGUCUUCAGUUACUUGUGGUUAGUGGCAGAUAACAAGUAUAAUGUAAGCUAGAAAUGAAUGUGAAAUUGAAAACAUGAAAGUUGAUCAAUCUUGCCAUGAUAAUAAAUAAGCAGAAAUUUGAAGAAGAAAAACACAGUAAAUGAAAUGAAGUGAAGUAUAAUGAAAGUCAUUCAAGAGAUAUUUUUGCCAUUUGUGCAUGUAGACGUAGAAUUGAACAUAAGUGGAUGUUAAACUUGUUUCUUUGAAAAGUAACUACAUUUGUGUAUACACGUAGGCCUAUAUGGAGAUAUUAUGUCUAAUAAGAUUUUAUAUUCUGUUGAAAUUUAGUAUGAAAGUCUUCAGCAAAGGAAAACAAAAUGGAUGUAGGUUUGACAUCAAUAAUGCAGUGUAAUCCAUGUAUCAUAUAUUUUUGCAGAGGAAUUUUUAUCAUGUUUAUCUACAAAAAUUUGUUUUUAACAUCAAUUUCAAAUUAUAUUAAGAGUUCAAAUGUAGAAAAGUUUGGUGAAUGAUAUACAGUGUUUUGGGGACAUUUACAUAUACUUAUAUAUAUUUUACUAAUGAUGUAUGAAUAUUUAAUGACCACCAUCGUGAAACCAAAACAAUAUUUUAAAGGUUUUUCCCGCAAAUCUAAAUUUUUGUGAACUAACAAUUCCAACAAGAAGGUUUUCAUAGUCAGAUUGCUGUGCAUGUAGAAAAUGAUGGUGUUAACUAAUUGAGAAAACAGGAAGAAAUACACACAUAUCUGAUAAUGCCUGGCUUAUUUUUUUGCAGAGCAGGGCAAUCGUACUUAAAGCAUUUGCUGUAGUUUUUCACUAGAUUUUCAUUUGCACAAUCACUACUUUUAAACUAAAAGUAGUGAUUACUAUUAUAAGUGUAAUUUAAUAAUCAUCACAUUUUUAAGGGCUUACAAUUUAAAAAAUAGGUUGGUUGUUUUUGUUUGUUAUAUUGUUCAUCUUUAUUAUACUGUAGACUGCUUGUACUUGAAAUAUUUAAGAUUGAAAUAUUUAUACUCUUACAACUCUAAAGCUU